UCUGAAACGAGGUGUGCUCUGCCAUCCUUUGUACUCCCUCACACACUCUCGAUCCCGCUUAAUUGCCGUAGCAGCCAGGCUCAUCAGUAAUGGCAUUCAGCGACGAUGAGACGCCUGCUUUUACCAAUACAGGAAGUAGCAAGGGUCUGGUGACGAUCAAGCCGGUGAAGUACUUCAAGGAUGACGCGGCGCUGACCGCGGACACGGUGACGGCGGAGGUGGAGAUCAACGCCACAUCCUCCACCACCGUGAGGGAGGGGCUGGACCUGGUGGCGGUGCUCGACGUGAGCGGCACUAUGGACGGGGAGAAAAUGAACAGCAUGAAGAAGGGCAUGCUGUUCGUAAUCAUGAAGCUCACCCCCGUGGACCGCCUCUCCAUCGUCACCUUCUCCGACGUCGCCACGAGGCUCAGCCCGCUGCGGUCCAUGACCCUAGCGGCCCAGCAAGACCUCAACGCCCUCGUCGACGGCCUGCAGGCCAACGGUGGGACCAACAUCCAGGCCGGUCUCGAGACCGGGCUGGCCGUGAUCGCCGAGCGCGUCCACACCAAGGCCCGCACGGCGAACAUCUUUCUCGUCUCCGGCGGGCACCAGACCUCCGGCAACGCCAGGCAGGUCGAGCAUGGCCAGGUGGCCAUGUACACGUUUGGUUUUGGCAGGGAUAUGGACCACCAGCUAAUGAGCGACAUCGCCAGGAAAUCACCGGGCGGGACCUUCAGCUCGGUGCCAGACGGGUCCCAGGUGAGCCUGCCCUUCUCGCAGCUGCUCAGUGGCCUCCUCACCGUGGUGGCGCAGGACGUGGAGCUCACCAUCACGCCCAAUCCCUACACGGACCAGGCGGACGUGGACACCAUAGUGGUGGCUCCCGGCACCGACUACACGCAGGACACCGAUACGGCCACCGGCGUGAUCACCGUCAAGUUCGGCACCCUCUUCGCCGGAGAAGGGCGCAGAGUCCUCGUCACCCUCACGCUCAAGGACGUGAGCGCCACCGUCAGCGAGGAGUACGAGGUGACCUUGGCCGAGGUCCAACACAGCUUCACCGCCCAGGGGAGGCCGCGAGACCCCCAAAUCCCGCAUGACAUCCUGAUAAGGCGCACCCCGAGCCCAUCUCAGGCCCCUGAUGCAAGCAGUAGGGUGCGGCAGGUGCAGGCCGAGAUCGCCAGGCGUAACCACGCCGAGGUCAUCAAACAGGCGAGGUUGCUGGCGGACGACGGCCAGUUGGACGACGCGCGGGGCAAGCUGGUGGACGCGCACAAGGCGCUGGACGACAUCGUGCUGGACCGCCUGGACGACGGACCCAAGCUGGUGAACGCGCUCCGCGCCGAGCUGGUGCAGCUGAUCAAGCUCAUGGAGACGGAGGACCUCUACGAGGCGAAGGGCCGCGCAUACGCCCUCGCCUCCGAGACGUACCACGGCCGCCUGUACGCCCACCACCCCCGCCAGCGCUUCGCCGCCAGGUGCGGCGAUGAUGAAGACGUCCGCCUCUUCGCCACGCCGCGCACCCCGACCCCAUCUCGGGCCGAUGGCAAGGACCUCAACGAGGCGCCGGAGGGCAUCGUGAAGUCGGAGGACGACAGCAAGAAGCUGGUGGAGACGCUGCGCGCAGAGCUGCUGCAGCUGAUCAGGCUCAUGGACACACAGCAGCUCUACGAGGCGAAGGCUCGCCUGUACGCCCUGACAUCCCACGGCCGCCAGCGCUACGCCGCCAGGGGUGGCGACGAUGUAGACGUCCGCCUCUUCGCCACGCCGCGCAUGGACACCUACCGCGAACAAGCCAAGAAUUUCGAGAAGGACCCCACCGCGCCGGUGCCCACCGCCGACGAGGACGUCAAUUGAGCAGGAGGUCGCCGCCAUCUCCACCGAGCUGCAGGCCAUCGAGAAGAUCCUCGACCUAAGCACCUAGUAGCUCGCUCCGUUCUUUCCUCUUCAUUCACGCGCGUGCUCAUUUCCUUUCUUUGUGACUUGCCAUAUUACGUACGUGUCCAAUAAGCACGCUUCAAAGUGCUACGUUUGUCGUUUCCCAUUGUAUGUUCUUCUAAGUUGUAACAGAUUUGCUUGAAUUGAAGUGAAGAUAAACGUCAUCAGUUGUGAUUAA